AUGGCAAAUGGAGAGUCCAUGGUGAAGAAAAGGCUGGCAAAACAAGAGCAGAGAUUAAUGUCUCAUUCAACCACUGCUACAGAGACAAAGAAAGGAGCAGGACUAGACUAUAUGGAUACCACCUCUGAAGAUCCCAGGACACUCCUAGAGUUUCACAGGAGCACUGAGAAGACUGAGAGUCCCUGCUCCCUGUCCCUGCUUCUGGACACCAGCCUAGCUCAGAAAGUGUCCUGGGACAGAGCCCCCUGCACCAUGGCCCAGGAAGGCCUCCUGGAAGAGCUGAGGGCAGAGGUCAGCUGCCCCGUGUGCCUGGACUUGCUGACAGACCCGGUGACCCUGGACUGUGGGCAUCACUGCUGUGCCUCCUGCCUCCAGCAGCGCUGGCAGGACCUGCUGGACAUCCUCCCUUGUCCCGUCUGCCAGCACCACUGUGCCCACAGGGAGCUGCAGAAGAACAGCCAGCUGAGUACGCUGGCUGACAUGGUGAAGCAGCUGCCCAGCUCAGGGAGCAAGAGGAAGCAGCAGCAGGAGCAGCCUCUGUGUGAGCAGCACCAGCAGGUGCUCAGCCUGUUCUGCGAGCAGGACCUGCAGCUGGUGUGUGUCCAGUGCAGAGUGUCCUGUGAGCAGCAGGGUCACCAUGUUACCCCCACUGAGGAGGCUGCUGCUCAGCAAAUGAAGAUGCUCAAAUCCUACCUGAAGCCCCUAAAAAAGAUGCUGGAAGAGGCUAAAAAAGGACUGGCAAUGCAAAUCAAAGAAACAAAUCAUUUCUUUGAACAGGUGGAUAAGCAAGAGUGUGAACUGCACUGGGAAUUUAAAAACAUUAAGCAUUCUCUGAGAAUUGAGCAAAAUGCCAUUGACAACAGGCUACAAUAUGAUGAGAGAGAUGUUUCUAAGAAAAUUAUUAAAGGUAGAGACCAGUUGUCAGCCUAUAGCUCCGCUCUGACGAGUCUGCUGAGAGAAUCCAUCAAGACAUGUUUACAGACAGACCUGGAUCUACUGAUUAAUAUUAAGAGUUUCUAUCACUUGUGUAGCACAUAUGAAAACCUAGAAGUCCCAGUCACCUUUUCAUACAAAUUCAAUGAGAUUGUUCCCACUCUCCCUCCACAUUAUCUGGGUCUGCAUAACAUGAUCAGCAAGUUUCAGGUGGAUUUGACUCUUGAUCCUGAGACUGCCCACCCCUUUCUCACUGUCUGUGAAGGUAGAAAGAUGGUUGUGUUUUCUCAAAGAAUGGAUCCAGACUCCAUCCCCAACCCCAAGGCAUUCACUCAUUACCCAGCUGUCCUGAGUUCUGAGGGCUUUGAUUCUGGCAGACAUUUUUGGAUGGUUGAAAUUAUAGGCACAGGUGAGUGGUCCUUAGGUGUAUGCAAAGAAUCUUUCCCUAGAGAUGCUCAGAUAACAGAGUUCCCAGGUGAUACCUUCUGGCAUUUACCACAGCACACACCUAGACAUUUUUUUUCACCACACACACAAAGUAUUUACAUUGGUGUUUUCCUGGACUAUGAAUUAGGAGAGCUUUCAUUUUAUAAUAUGUCUGAUAGAUCCCACUUUGAAACAGUCCUUGAUACCUUUACAGAAAAACUGAUCCCCUUUUUCUCUGCUAGACCUUCAUCUGUAACAUUUAGCAUGAGAAUAGUAAAAGAUGAAUGCUGA